AUGAGCUACAACAAGGUCCCUGUGGAUGAAGAUGAGGCCGCAUCCAUCGAGCUCAGCCGGUUGGACGUUGAUUCUGGGCCAACAUCCUUUGCAACAACAAAUGCAAGAAAGCUUUCAUCCUCCUACAGAACUGGGAUAGCCCUGGUAGUGGCUCUACUUUUGGUGGGCCUUGUCCAUGUUUUGGUGACAUGGAACUCAUGGCGUGUUGCUAUUCACGCACCACACAAAGUACUGGAAGAUCUGCGACAGCAGCCAGACAAUGUGGAACCGCAUUUGACCCCCAGUUUUUGCCGCGACCCCAACUAUAUGAUGGAGUAUUAUGAUAGAUUGAGCAAGUACUGGAAGUUCACAGAAUUCCUAGAAGGCUUAGAAACUUGGGUGGUGACUCACGGAGGUACUGGUUCGGGGUACCUGGUGGGAUACAUGCAGGGCCAGGCCGGAAUCAAUGUGUGGACAGGUGGCACAACACAUAACAGCAACUACUUAUGCCAUCUUGGAAACCCUGCCAUGGUUGAAUUGGUCCGCCCCAAAUCUAACAAGCCCAUUUUGGUGCUCGUCGGUGACUUCUACAGAGCAUUCUUGUCCAUGGAUAGACGUGGAUGGCUCAAAUGGAACAUUGCCAAAAACAUUUUUGGCGAGCAAUGGUGUGAAUUAUCGUAUCAUGAUUACAUUAACUACAAUCCACGAGACCCCGCAGGAAUCAAGGCCAUGAUUGCGGGCUUCAGCAAGAUUCCCAACGUUGUCUUCCUCAAGGCGCCCUACACGAAGGAAUCUGUAAUGAAAGCUGUCCAAUGGAUGCAGCUUAACCACAGUCAACCAGAGUUGGAACAACUAUUUGAAGGGUUUGAGGUACACGCACGACAAUCCAAUGGGUCUGAAGUGGUCCCUGAACUCGUGGAACUAUUUGAGCCUUACCAGGUUCUCCAAAGGAUAUUUGACGAGGAAUUACCGGGUGUUUGGAAUGCUUCCGACAUGCCACCAGCUUUGAAGCAAUAUCUGGCCCAUGAAAAAGUUAGGGGGCUCUAG